ACCGAGCUCAUCGAGGAGACCAAGCGCGUGUACGACCGCGUGGGCUCCCAGGAGCUCCAAGAUGUGUCCUACGAGAACACACUCAAGGCGCUGGCCGACGUGGAGGUGUCCUACACAGUCUGUCUGCUGCCUUUGUAUGUCAGAUACACAGCUCGCCUCCCAGAGCCCCCUCUGCAGAGGUUGAUGAGGCAGAGAACUCUGAGCCAAGGAGGCCCCCUGUGCCCGAAUCUCCAGAGCAGCUGUUUUUCUGCGAACUGUCUAGAAUCCCUGAAUUCCAGCUGCGGGAUUCUCACAUGUCCCUGACGCCUCGCCGUGCAGGGUCUGCUUGCCCCUGGCCUGCAGGCUUAGACUCCAGAGGGUCCGCCCUGGGGGGACCCAGUGUGCCUUGGGCCCAAGGGUGAGGGCUGCGGCUCAGGCAGCAGAUGGAGAGGCCGCAGGCCGGCUCUGCCCCCCAGUCCCCUGCUCUGGCGGGACAGGGGUGACGGGCUCAGUCUCCCCUCUCAUUUGUGGUAGGAGGCUCUGGAGGGUGGAUGAUGCAAAUUCCCACCUCGGGAGGGACCCUGCCAGACAUGAUUUGGUCUCUCCUACUCCACUUCUGUGGCCUUUUCUUUCCAUCUCCCCUCAGUAACCUGAGUAAUUUUAAAGAAAACUAGAAUUGGACCAUGGCACUCCCCUCGACCAACUCCGGUGCCUUCCCACUGCCCUGGGGGUCAAGGUGGGAGCCCUCGACGUGGCCUCUGGGGCCCAGCCACGCGCCGCCUUGCCCCUCAUCCUGUGCCCCAUCUGGGGGCUUCGUGCCAGCCGGGGAGCCCCUCCCCUCUGCUUGGCCGGGCGUCGGGUUCUUUGAGCACAGAUUGAGCUCCGCCCAGCGCCCCUUCCUGUGCCCCGUCUCCCCACACCAGCCACCUGGACUAAUCCCACACUCUGGUGUUUCGUUGUCAUACUCGGUGCAGUCACAGCCUGCAAAUCCCAAACGGACAGAAAAGGCUGUUUCUGUCCUUUUCACAGCUUGCUCUCGGGCCACCGGCAUGACACCCGCCCAGAGCCCCACCGUGUUUGGCCUAGUCAGCUGAGCCGGUGACUGCCCUGCAGAGGUUUCCACGCUGCAGCUGACCCACCAGACCUGGGCCAUCUCGGUGGCCUGGAACCGUGGAAGCCACCAAACUGUGAGGUUAAUUCAGGUCUCCCCUAUGCAAAGUGUAUGCUUUUUUAGACACUGCCGUGUUGAGGUAGAAUUCACCUACCGCGUGACCUGCCCACUUAAAGCACAGAUGUCGUUGGUUUUUAGUGUAGUUAGCACAUCCAACCUUCACCACUCUGCAAUUCCAGAGCCUUCCAUCACCCCAAAAAGAAGCCCCGACCCCAUCAGCAGUCACCCCCUGACAACACCAACCCACUGUGUCUGUGGAUCUGCCUGUUCUGGACGUUUCCCAUCAAUGGGAUCACACCCUGUGUGUCCUUCUGUGUCUGGCUUCUCUCACUGAGCAUCGUGUUCUCAGGGUCCGUCCACGUGUCAUUCAGAGGAACAUCCUUGACUUCCCUCAGCACGUCUCCCCAUCCAAGGACAUCCGGACAGCCAGCACGGAGGCGGACAAGAAGCUGUCCGAGUUCGACGUGGAGAUGAGCAUGAGGCAGGACGUGUACCAGAGGAUCGUCUGGCUGCAGGAGAAGGUCCAGAGUGACUCGCUGAGGCCAGAGGCGUCGCGGUACCUGGAGCGGCUGAUAAGCCUGGGCAGGAGGAACGGGCUCCACCUGCCCGAGGAGACGCAGGAGAAAAUCAAGAGCAUCAAGAAGAAGCUGAGUCUCCUGUGCAUCGACUUCAACAAGAACCUGAACGAGGACACCACCUUCCUGCCAUUCACGCGCGAGGAGUUGGGAGGGCUCCCUGAGGAUUUCCUGAACUCGCUGGAGAAGACCGAGGAUGAGAAGUUGAAGGUCACCCUCAAGUACCCGCACUACUUCCCCCUCCUGAAGAAAUGCCACGUGCCCGAGACCAGGAGGAAGGUGGAGGAGGCCUUCAACUGUCGGUGCAAGCGGGAGAACUGCGCGAUCCUUGGGGAGCUGGUGAGCCUGCGGGCCCAGAAGUCCCGCCUGCUGGGGUUCAGCACGCAUGCCGACUACGUGCUGGAGAUGAACAUGGCCAAGACCAGCCAGGUGGUGGCCACUUUCCUAGAUGAGCUGGCCCAGAAGCUGAAGCCCCUCGGGGAGCAGGAGCGGGCCGUGAUCCUGGAGCUAAAGGAGGCCGAGUGCCAGAGGCGGGGCCUGCACUUUGACGGGCGCAUCAACGCCUGGGACAUGCGCUACUACAUGAACCAGGUGGAGGAGACGCGCUACCGCGUGGACCAGAACCUGCUCAAGGAGUACUUCCCCAUGCAGGUGGUCACGCGCGGGCUGCUGGGCAUCUACCAGGAGCUGCUGGGGCUGACCUUCGACCUGGAGGAGGGCGCCACCGUGUGGCACGAAGAUGUGACGCUCUACACGGUCCGGGACACGGCCUCGGGCAAGGUCAUCGGCAAGUUCUACCUGGACCUCUACCCUCGGGAAGGGAAGUACGGGCAUGCGGCCUGCUUCGGCCUGCAGCCGGGCUGCCUGCGGCAGGACGGGAGCCGCCAGAUCGCCAUCGCGGCCAUGGUGGCCAACUUCACCAAGCCCACACCCGACGCACCCUCCCUGUUGCAGCACGAUGAGGUGGAGACCUACUUCCACGAGUUUGGGCACGUGAUGCACCAGCUCUGCUCCCAGGCCGAGUUCGCCAUGUUCAGUGGGACACACGUGGAGCGGGACUUCGUGGAGGCACCUUCGCAGAUGCUGGAGAACUGGGUGUGGGAGGUGGAGCCGCUGCUCAGGAUGUCCCAGCACUACCGCACGGGCAGCGCCGUCCCCCAGGAGCUGCUGGACAAACUCAUCAAGUCCCGGCAGGCCAACACAGGCCUCUUCAACCUGCGCCAGAUUGUCCUGGCCAAGGUGGACCAGGCCCUGCACACGCAGACGGCCGCAGACCCAGCCGAGGAGUAUGCUCGCCUCUCCCAGGAGAUCCUCGGGGUCCCAGCCACGCCAGGGACCAACAUGCCCGCGACCUUCGGCCACCUGGCAGGCGGCUACGACGCCCAGUACUAUGGCUACCUGUGGAGUGAGGUGUACUCCGCGGACAUGUUCCACACACGCUUCAAGCAGGAGGGCGUCCUGAGUGGCAAGGUGAGAGGCCGGCCUGCUGCGCAGACCAAGACCGCGGUCCUCGGCCUGGGCCUAGAUGCCUGUGCCACCCGCCUGGGCCUGCCCGGCCCUGAGGACCCUGCCCUGGUCCUCCUGCUCCCCUGCCCUUUGUUCAGCCACAGCAGAGGUGGCCACACCCACACCCCCAGAUCCCCUCCCUUGGAUGCUGCUGGCCCCUGGAGCCAGGGGUGGGGGUACUCCACCCUCCUGCAGCCCCGCCCCCUCUCGGCAGGUGGGCAUGGACUACAGAAGCUGCAUCCUGAGGCCAGGCGGCUCCCAGGACGCCAGCGUCAUGUUAAGGCUCUUCCUGGGUCGGGACCCCAAGCAGGACGCCUUCCUCCUGAGCAAAGGGCUGCAGGUUGAGGACUGCGAGCCGCCAGCCUGCUGACGGCACAGGGUUCUGCCCACCCCAGUGGGCCGGGUGCCUUAGCGCCCCGCCAGGGUAGGGGAGGGGCCGCGUGUCCCCCCAGCCCCUGAGUCCCCGGCGGCCGGCCUGGGCCAAAAGUCUCCACCUGGAUGUGUCUAGAGAGCCUGGCGUCAAGGCUCCCACUUGUUGCACUAAUACAGCCCCUUCCUGGGGAACUUUCCUGGUUAAAACACGGUUCUUUGAAACGGAGGCAUUAAAAAAAAGGCUCCAGU